AUGAGACCGUCUCGUAGAGAGACCGGCGCGGUGACCUGUGUAAAAACCGGAUCAACGGGUGUGGACACCUGCGGGUACCUGACUUCCGGUGAACCAGAUAAUGAGGAGCUGAUUAGUGCGUCCUUACACCCCCCGGGUCGUCACCACCCCCCGGGUCGUCACUACACCCCGGGUCGUCACUACACCCCGGGUGGUCACCACACCCUGGGUCGUCACUACACCCCGGGUCGUCACCACACCCCGGGUCGUCGCCACACCCCGGGUCGUCACCACACCCCGGGUCGUCGCCACACCCCGGGUCGUCACCACACCCCGGGUCGUCGCCACACCCCGGGUCGUCACCACACCCCGGGUCGUCACCACACCCCGGGUCGUCACCACACCCCGGGUCGUCGCCACACCCCGGGUCGUCACCACACCCCGGGUCGUCACCACACCCCGGGUCGUCACCACACCCCGGGUCGUCGCCACACCCCGGGUCGUCACCACACCCCGGGUCGUCACCACACCCCGGGUCGUCGCCACACCCCGGGUCGUCACCACACCCCGGGUCGUCGCCACACCCCGGGUCGUCACCACACCCCGGGUCGUCGCCACACCCCGGGUCGUCACCACACCCGGGUCGUCACCACACCCCGGGUCGUCACCACACCCCGGGUCGUCACCACACCCCGGGUCGUCACUACACCCCGGGGACACCCCGGGUCGUCACCACACCCCGGGUCGUCACUACACCCCGGGACACCCCGGGUCGUCACCACACCCCGGGUCGUCACCACACCCCGGGUCGUCGCCACACCCCGGGUCGUCACCACACCCCGGGUCGUCACCACACCCCGGGUCGUCACUACACCCCGGGGACACCCCGGGUCGUCGCUACACCCCGGGUGGUCACUACACAACACAGAAGAUAGAAUCUCCAUAGCUUCUACCCUAGUACUCACACAACCAAUGACUGACCUGCUCCCUCUUGACUGA